AUGCAUAGAAUCUCGUCCAACAACCCGGUAAGAAGGCGCCUGUUCCCUGCCGAAGACCUGGCCGAUCAAGCCAAGAUCGACAACUUCACAAACAUCCUACAUGAGUCCGUUGCUACUGAGAAGUUGGAGAUGAUGCAUAAAUGGAACUUCGACUUCGAAAAUGAAAUACCACUAGAAGGAACCUACGAGUGGUUUAAAUGCAAUGGUUCCGCAGACUGGAUUGGGAUGCAAACAGCAAAGUUUGCAUGUGAGGAUGCUUUUAAAGGCACUAACGAUGAAAGUUUCAUGGCGAUGAAGUUAGAUAAUGAACUCACGCCCAAAAGCGACAAGGUUGAAAAAGCUCCCAUCCUGAGGAAGAGAAGGAAAGAGGUCGUAGACAAUGCUUUGGAUGGCACAAGAGGAGUGAAGCGCAGGAUAAGCUUCGAUUAA